AUGCGGUUUGCUGAUAGGUGCUCAGUCAGCCGCAGUUAACGUUCGCUGCUCAACAAAAGUGGAUCAAUGUGGGCAACUUCAAAAAGGCUACAAGAUGAAUCCCAAAGAUAAUGACGCUGGGCGGAAUGAUACUUCGAAUUUAUCGGAAGAAAAGUGCAAGCAAUGGGUAGAGAGUAGCGAAUUUUCGGCGAUAAGCGAUGACGUAUCCUCUCUUAGUGGACACAGCACGGAAUUCAACUCGACCGUAGCCGAUAGUGACGUUAACUCCAUCACCGGUGACAUCGGAAAUAUUAACAUCGGGAGAAUUAAUACAGGCAACGAAUUGAAGAUAGUGUCAAAUGGCGGACAAACCGAUAUAAAUCACACGGAAAUUCUGCAAACUGUAUUUCAAGGAAAUAGUACUCAAACAUUUGGUAAUAUACAGGUCGAAAAUUCGAAUAAAGUCCACAUAGGUAAUGUAACGUAUGUUACGGGUCCCAUACAUAUCAUACAUACCGGAGGGAAUAACCUCGGAUCCAUACAGCAGUUCAUAACAAAUGCUCCACCGGUUUCACUGCCUUCCAAUGGAACGACGACACCAGCAGUUUCCGAUACAACCAAUGGAAAAACGAAAGAGGAAACUGAACCACCCGAGGAAGUAGAACGAAAUCGGGACGAAAUAUUUGUUUCCAACGUCUCUAAAAAGAUGAACGCCAAUGUGCUGAGAAUAAUAGAUAGACGAUCAUGGUUGGCGCAACCUGCUCUGGAAUACCAGGACAUGAAAACUCCCGUUCCUUACGUAAUCAUAUCCCACACCGCCACAGAAUCAGCAGACACGCAAGCCGGAAUGGUUUACAUGGUGCGAAUGAUUCAGUGCUUCCACAUAGAGUCGAGGCGAUGGCACGACAUCGCCUACAACUUCCUAGUGGGCAAUGAUGGAAAUGUCUACGAGGGGCGUGGAUGGACAAGGGUGGGGGCACAUACUCAGGGCUACAACUCACGAGCAAUCGGCAUCAGCUUCGUGGGCUGUUUCAUGAACGAGAUUCCUGCGCAAAUAGCGCUCGAUGCAUGUCGGGCAUUGAUUGGAAGAGGUAUCGAACAAGGAUAUAUUCAACCCGACUACAAACUAUUAGCACACUGCCAGUGCAGUGCAACCGAAAGCCCAGGACGUAAGCUCUUCGAAAUAAUUAAGACGUGGCCUCACUGGACGGCAGAACCAUGACCAAGGAUGUUCUCAUAACGUAAAAUGCACUCUUCUACUUUUGGAUCAGUUCUAUUUGGAAUAAAUGUCCAUUAACGAUUAA